UUGGAAUGCAUUAUUGUUCAGAUAGUUAUUUCUUAUCAACAUCUGAAAUAACGCCAUCUUCUGAUGAUGAAAAGCGGCAACAACAAACGAUAGCCGAUCGAUUUCAUAGUUUGAAUGAAUCGGAAAAAGAAGCAAGCAUCGAAACAUUGUAA